AUGUCAAUCAAUAUUAUUCUCGAGGACAUUAAAGAUUCACCAUCAUCAAUAAUUCCCAUAUUACAAACAUUACACAAUGACAAAACUUUACUAAAUCAAAUAUCAAAACCAAAUUUAAAUCAUUUAGUAUCAAGAACAUUACAAUUAUGUAGAUCACCAAUUAUAUACAAUAAAUGGUGUGGUAUAAAUUUAAUAAAAAUUAUAAGUUCAAAUUACGUGAUUUUAGCAAACGAAGGAUUAAAUUUCAUUACUAUUUUAAUUACCAUUUUAGAAUCAUAUAAUUCUACAAUUGAUGUAAUAAUUUUAAAAAAUUGUAUUGAAUGUUUAAAUAAAUUAAUUAAAUUAAUUAGAGAUAAACCAACAUUAACUAGAGAAAUACUUACACCAAAAUUAAAUCAAAUUAUUCAAAUAUAUUUAAAAAAUUUACAUUUCCAACCUAAUUUAAUUAUAAAUUCGUUAUAUAAUAUAAUCAAAAAUCAUCCAAAUACAUUCAGACCAUUUGCGAAUAAAUUUAAUGAAAAAUUAAAACAAUUAUUAAAUUCAGGAUUUGGAGAGUAUCCUUCAGAUUUACAAAAUUCAAUAUGCAAGACAUUAGCCAUAUUACCAAUUAUUGAAAGAAAUGAACCAGAAACUAAAUGGUUAGAUGAUGUUAAACAUAUUAUAAUGGAGGUGAAUGAUAUUUUAGAAGUUUAUGAGGAAUUUUUCAAUUUUGAUUCAGAUUUAAAAAAAUUGAUACUGAAAUUACCUAAAAGCACUAAUGACAGUAAGAUAUUUGAAGAUUUAAAUAUUGAUUUAAAUAAACCAUCAACUAUUUUAACAAUAAGUUCAAGAAUUGAAAUCUUAUUGAAAUUAUUAAGUCACUACUUAACUGAAUCAAUACCAAGUGUUAAAGUUCCCCUCGGUAUGGUUUUAGUAUUAACUGAAAUUAUCUUUUCCAUAAAUUCAAGAUACUUAUCUUUUAAAAACGAUGUUAGAGAUGAAGAAAUUAAACAAAUCAUAAAGUUAACAUUAUCCCAUAACUACCAAAACGCUAUAAAAUUAUUGAACAAAUUGCUAGUAUUCAAAGGAUCAUUGGUAUUACAUUUACCUUCUAUAAUGUCAAACUUGGAGUUGAUUAUACCUCUCAAAAAGAAAAAGAUUUCAAAACAAGAUAUAUUGGAAAAUGAACAAUUAUAUUUAGAUUUAUUAAAUUGUGCAAGUAAUUAUUUACAAUUUGUAGGUACAUCAUCAGACAAUUCAUUGAUAACUCCGUUAGUUGACGUUGCUUUAAUAUUAACAGAACCAAGAUCAAUACCAAAUGAUACUCCAACUUCAACCACCACCACAAACAAGAAAAAGAAGAAGAACAUUUCAUCAGCUCCAUUAUCCGACAUUUUAUCUCAUGAACAUUUAUUCAAUAACAAAUGCUCAGAAUCUUCUUUGGCUGUAAUUAGAAAUUUUUUCAAUCAAGUUAUACAAAAAUUCGAAUUAUCACCAACUCAACAUUACAAAAUUUUGAAGUUUAUACUUCAACAAUGUAUUGAAAAAUCAAACUCUAAUUUAGAAAAAUCUAUACCCGAAUCAUUACAACACUUAUUAAUCAACGCAGUCUUAAAUCCAGGUUAUGAUAAAAAUAAUAUUUUACCAAUAGUUUCAUCGAUUUUAUCAACUAAUCAAUUAAUGACAGUUUUCAAUAAUCCAAGAUUACCACCAUUACCCAAAUACAUCACAUCAUCAAUACCUGAAGAUUUUGAAGAAGAAGAACAAGAAAUUGAAGAAUUACCUAAAUUAUCAGCUAAAGAAAAUGCUAUAAAACAAUUAUUAGAAGAACAAGCUCAACAAGAAAAAAUUCAACAAGUAGUUGAAGAUACAAAUAAAAGAUCUUUAAUUGAAGUUGAAGAAGUUGAAGAGGACGCUAAUGAGAAAAGAAGAAAAUUAUUCGAUGCUAAUUUUAAACCACAACAAGUUGAAACUGAGGAAAUUGUCGUAGAUCAAAAAAUUGAAGAAAUCAUCGUAGAUAAAAAGAUUGAAGAGCCAGUUUUAGGUCAAGUAGUUGGUACUGUCAACACUGAAGUUGUUGAAAAAGAUGUGGAAGAAGAUCCAGAACUUGAGGGCUCAGAUUUCGAAAUGCCUGAAUUAAAUCUUGAAGCUGAUACUGAAGACGAAGACGAAGAAGAAGAGGAUUAA